CCCGGGAAAUAAAGGAAGGAAUUAAGACACAACAGACGCCCCGCGCGCCAUGGCCGAGAUGGAGAAAGAGGGAAGACCUCCAGAAAGCAAACGGAGCAGGAAACCGGCUCACCCCGUCAAGAGGGAGAUCAACGCCGAGAUGAAGAGUUUCGCUGAAAACACGAUGAACGAGCUACUGGGCUGGUACGGUUACGACAAGGUGGAGUUACGAGACUCUGACGACAUCGAGAUACGCAACUAUCCCGACGGAGAACUCCGGCAGCACAUCUCAGUGCUGAAAGAAAACUCUUUGCCAAAAGCGUCCGCGGCCGAAAACAGCGGUUCUCCACCUCACGCCAACAGCUCCAGCUCCACCCCCACGCCACGGAACGGCGUCGCCGCAGAAACGGCCGCUCCCUCCUCCUCGACAGCAGUUGCCAAGGAGCAAGGGGGCCUGCCAAUCAUCGUGCCCCUGAUCCCACCCCCUCUCAUCAAACCACCAGCAGAGGAGGAUCUGUCUAACGUUCAGAUCAUGUGUGCGUGGUGUCAGAAGGUUGGAGUGAAGCGCUAUUCUCUCAGCAUGGGCUCAGAGCUGAAGAGCUUCUGCAGUGAGAAAUGUUUUGCAGCGUGCCGCCGUGCGUACUUCAAACGCAACAAGGCCAGAGAGGAGGAGGCCUCCACGCAGCACAGCUUGUCCAAAGACACGCCCAGACUUGUCCUCAAGACAAACAGCGAUGCGCUUACUCGGAGUGGGGGGUCAGGGGUGAAGGCGCCAGGAGAGAGAGAGAGAGAGGAGUUGAGAUGUAAAGCAGAGGCGCUAAUGUUCGGCCCACGGCCGCAAGUUAGCGAGGUGUGUGACUGGUGUAAGCACAUCCGCCACACUAAGGAGUACCUGGACUUUGGGUCGGGUGAGAGACGCCUGCAGUUUUGCAGUGCAAAGUGUCUGAACCAGUAUAAAAUGGACAUUUUCUAUAAAGAGACCCAGGCAGCCCUGCCAGCUGGUCUGUGUAACCCUGUUCAUCCAGCUGGGGAAGGGAAGUCGGAGGGAAGCCCAGGAGUGCAGCUCCUCACCCCCGAGUCAUGGAGUGCUCCUCUGAGUGAACUCCGUGCGCGCAAGGCCCCUUCACCAGGGGGCGCCACCUCUGGAGCUGGACACUCGGGGUCAGCAUCAGGAUCUCCCUCUGAGCCUGGAACCAUGUGUUCAUCUUCGUCCUCUUCAUCGUCUGCGAAAAUCCCCACGCCAAGGCCACACGAAAGUCCGACGUUACCACAUCCCCCUCCACCACCCCCUGCGCCCGGACUCCACCCACCACUUGGGGUGCCACCCGGCAGCCCUCCCAUGGUGAUGACACCCCGUGGUCCAGUCCCACUUCCUUUCUUUAUGGAGCACCAAAUGAUGCAGCAAAUACGUCCUCCAUUCCUUCGGCCACCUGGCCCCAACAGCCCACUCUCAAAUCCCAUGAUUCCUGGCAUUGGCCCACCGCCUCCUCCUCCUCGGACCCUGGGUCCCCCAUCAAGCCCAAUGCAUCGACCCCUUCUCUCACCUCACGUCCACCCUUCCUCCACCCCUACCCUGCCAGGCAACCCACCUGGUAUGAUGCCCCCUCACCCGGCUGCCCAUAUGCCUGGGCUACCUUUUCCUCCAGUUAACAUUAUGCCGGCUGGGCCCAUUCCAGUGCCACCCAUGAUGAACUUUGGCAUGCCAUCACUUGCACCUCUGGUGCCACCUCCCAUGCUUUUAGUGCCGUACCCUGUAAUUGUGCCGUUACCGGUGCCAAUACCCAUCCCUGUUCCCAUCCCAGUCAGUCCAAAGGCAUCAGGUGACCGUCCAGGGAAUGAUGGGAUGCUUCCGGAGGUUCCUGGUGAGCGCAGCAACUCACAGGACUUGCCUUUCUCCCCUGAUUCGUCCAGAGGAGGAGAGGGUGGAGUUCAUAAGCAGGGUCCCUCAAACUCGGACAUGCUUUCACCAGGAGUGUCUGGCCAGACAGAACGGGGGAGGAGGAGCAUGGUGGAUCUCUCUGUUAAAAUGGAAAGCCCUGGAAGUGGAAGCUCCAGUUUGUCAAAUUCAGGAUCUCCUACAGACACACCAGCAAAUGGAAUAAUCGAUUUAACAACAAAUCGUCGCUCAAGGCAACAGCUGGUCAUCCAGAGGGCAGUGCCAUGUGUGCAAGUAAAGCCAGAGCCUGAUUUGACUCCGCUAACAGGGCAAGCUGUCUCACGAUUGGGUGAUUGUGAAGCAAAUGGGAGGGACUCUGGCAGCAUAGGGCCAAUAGAGGACUUGCAAAGAGACAGAGACAGCGAGGCUAAAAGCCCACUGGACAAUGUUGAGCUGCCGUGUGCUGACCCUUCCUUCUGCAGUGCCACGCCCCCACUAUCUCAACCAAUUACAUGCACUCUUUCUGCCCCCACAGCCAGCAUCUCCACAACAAAAACAGAGCCAGGAACCGCCACGCCUUGUAACGUGAUUGUCAAUGGGGGCUGCAGCAUGCAGCCACUAGAGCCCUCAGUCCGGACCUCACCUCUGGAACAGCGCCCCUCUGUGGAACCGUGCCGCAGGACAACCACACUUCGUGACGAGCCUUCUGAGGGAGAGGACCUGAAGGAAAAUAGCUGCACAGCAAUUGAGAGGGACACAGCAGGUAAGAGAGCAUUAUCAGAGCAGGCCAGUGCUCCUGCGGGCACUGGAGACGAGAAGUCCCAAGAGGCAGAGGAUGCAGCGUCUGGAGCAGAUCACGCCUACGCUUUGCCACUUAUGCCCAAGCCGGGCUGUGUCAUUCAGCCUGUGCCCAAACCAACAGAGAAGACAACGGGCAUUCUGCCAUGUGGCCUGACUGCACCAUUGGCAGCAGCAGGGGCAGCAGAGCUAGAGCCCCCGCUAAAGAGGAGGUGCCUGCGCAUUCGCAAUCAGAACAAGUGAAGAGUGAGAGAGUUUGCAGAUGCUUACAUCUCACCAAAGGGACAAGCAGCACAGCACUGCAGCAAAUACUACCAGUCCUUCUACAGCUCCACCAUCAACACACAAAUACCCGUCCCUUCACCCUGUAACCUUCUCCACUCAAGUCUUGGAUGGACAAACAACUGGAAUGACCCCAUGAAUCCUUCCAAGAGUCCUUGAAGUUUCCUCUUUUUCUAUCUCUUUGUCAGUCUUUUCACUGGUUGUCCAAGUCACUUUCACCUAGAAUUGAAUCUUUACAUCUGUGCUGAGGAGUCUCCCCCUACAGGACUGGUGAAGCGCUGCAGUGCUGAGGACUGUAAUGUACAUAAAUAGCUCCAAGAGAGCCAAAAAAUGUGGGUCUCAAGCCAAACAGCAAUCAUGAAGAGGUCCACUGGACUUGCCAAUCAAAUGUGCCCACAAAUGAUGGACAGGACUGGCUCCUGAACAGGCCCCCGAGGGUGGGCCUUAAACACGUUGCCCAAUCAAAAAAAAAGCCCUGUGGCCUGCCACUCAGAUGUGCCCAUUAAUGAUAAACAGGGACAGGUUUGUUUUUUGUGUGUGUCAGUGUUCAGACAAAUCUAGUUAGGUCCGUAUGAAGUGAGAGAGAGUUGGAGGGCUAAACUGUUGGCACCUCCACCAGCGUUCUCAGGCAGAAGCGAACCGAAGAUCCACAGAGUGCCAAGAAAGUAAUGAAAACAAGAAAGGUCACUGUGGUCAGGUCUCUCCAUCUUUAUCACUUUGCCUGUUUUCCAUUUGUUCUCCAUGUUCUUGUCUUUUCUUUGGCACCACCAGCAAGAUGCACAGAAAUCCUUAUUUGUGCCCUUUUGUCUUUUCUGGCCACAGAAAAUACAGGAAAAAGGGAAAACUAUUUCUUUCAGACAGUCUGAAACAAUCAAAAAAGGAGCACGAGGAAUAAGGAUGAAACUGGGACGAGCGAAGGGGGAACUGGGGACUUUCCGCAGGAAAACAAUGGACAAGACAAAAAAUGAAGAUUGUGGUACUAAUGGAGAGCAGUAUUUACGGACUGUUUGCUGGCACCCCAGCAAUGUUGGUGGUGUCCGAAUGGACGGAUGUGCAAUGGAAAAUUCACUCCCUCUCACCUACUCAAGGACGACAGGGUAGAGACACUGCUUGACCUUAACCAGGACUGUCAAAUGGUCGCUAUUGGCUAGAAGGAACGCCUGGUUCUUCCUCCAACCUGAACCCAGAGAUCUGAAUGAUGAAUGCACUUGUCAAUCACUGGUACACAGUAUACGCAUGCAAUUACACUUUGUACAACGACAUGAAGGUGUACAAAGUGAAUAAAAUACAUGACAUUUGUUGUGUUAGCCAAACUAAGAAUGAUAGCAUAGGCCUCUCUCUGAAAUUUGAUACUCAUUCAGUUAAAUCAGUCUUUCAAUCAGUGUAUCAUUUGGUUACGUGAUGGCAUUAUAAACCUUGCCUUUUCUUAUAGGUUCUUAAGCACUAGGGGCAUUUCUAAACAUUUGGGAGCCCUAAGUGGCAUCCUACCACCACCUAUCCCAAUCAGAUUCUUUUGUACGUAAGAAUAGAAGAAAAAUUACAACGUAUUUAACUUUGAUCAGGAAUCUGUUUUUCUACUUUAGCAUAUCAUAUUUGUGGAUUAGACAUGGUUCCGUUACUGUAUCUGUAUGCAACUGUGGUUCAAACAGGAACAGAAAAGAUGCAGUCAGACCGCGAUCACUGUUUAGACUUCAAGGAAAAUAUCAGAUACCUUCUCGGAUCAGAUUUGACUUCUUGUCUAAACGAAACCUGAGCCAGCUAUGAAAAGCGUACAUGCUAAAAGCUCGUUACCGAGAGGGAGCUACUUUGGGGCUUGAAGAGUCAAAACAACAUGACACAGACACGCAGUAGAGGAACAAACCAGCAAUGUUAAAAUUUAAACACACAACAUAUCAGUCUCCAGCUAGCUCCUUAGGAGAGAGCUGGGGGAGUGUAACUCGAAGCCUGAUGUGUGUGAGACUGAGUGUGUCUUGCCAAAAAACCUGAAGCAUUUUUCCCAAUUCAUUAGAAAAGAAAAACACAAGUGUCAAAAAAGGGUACACAGAAAGGUGUGAGAACUUGCUGGGGAAAUCAUAAAAGUUGUCGGCGUGUCAGAAAGCGACAGGGUGGUUCCCUUACGGCUGUUUUCCUCAGCCGGUCAGCCAGACUUUUUGUCCCUUGUGUUGAAAAGUCUCCGUCUCAGAUUCAUCCAAGUGCUUGAUUUCCUGAAAACUGAAAAUGGCUCUGGUGUUUUCGUUCCAGAUGGCUUUCCUUCCCCCUGCUUCUCUCUCUUUGCAGCUCGAUAUAUUCUCCUCUGAUUUCCAUGUUUGGCUCAGUCUGUCUUGCUGUCGCUGACCGAAAUCUACCCUCACUUUUUACCUCCGCUUUAUCUUUUUUUUCUUUAACUUUCUCCUUCCAACAUCAUGAGAAAAUUGGUGUAACCUCCCCGUUUUUUCUACUUAUUUAUUCAGUCUGUCCGUCAGACGUUUAGGGACGCUUUGCCUUGCUGUGCAACAUUUGAUUUUUGCUCUAUGCUAAUCCUUUGGGUAUAUUUAGCUACAACACUCAGCUAUUGUCGGGACAUCAAGUUUGAUCCCUGGCCAAGACUCCAAAAGAAUGGAUAGCCGCGAGUCCAAGAGAGCUAAAUUGUCCUCGCUCUCUCUGGGUGAAUGGUUCUCCCUUUCCUCCCA